GGUCCUGGAAGCCUGGCUGGGGUUGCCGGUGGGCGGCGCGGGCGGGAGAGGCGUCUCCGGGGCCGAGCCGGGCCGGCGGCUCCUCUCCUCCUCAUGUGAGCGGGCUUCGAGGCCCCGUCAGGCGAAGCUGUCCCGCGGUGGGCCCGGCAGCCGGCCGGGAACAUGAGGCGGUGUCUCCUCCUCCUGACCAGCUUGGCUCCGCUGGUGCUGGCGCCGCGACCUCCGGACGCCGCGGGCCCCGGCUCCCCCCAGCGACUGGAGAAACUUGAUUCUCUGCUCACAGACUACGAUAUCCUCUCUCUGUCUAAUAUCCAGCAGCACUCAGUGAGGAGGAGGGAUCUACAGGCUUCCACACAUUUAGAAACACUACUCACGUUUUCAGCUUUGAAAAGGCAUUUUAAAUUAUACUUGACAUCAAGUACUGAACGCUUUUCACAGAAUUUCAAAGUUGUGGUGGUGGAUGGUAAAAAUGAAAGCGAGUACACUGUAAAAUGGCAGGACUUCUUCAGUGGACAUGUGGUUGGUGAGCCCGACUCUAAGGUUCUGGCCCAUAUAGGAGAUGAUGAUGUUACAAUAAGGAUCAACACAGACGAGGCAGAAUAUAACAUAGAGCCACUGUGGAGGUUUGUUAAUGAUACUAAAGACAAAAGAAUGUUAGCUUACAAAUCAGAAGAUAUCAAGAAUGUUUCGCGCUUGCAAUCUCCAAAAGUAUGUGGUUAUUUAAAUGUAGAUAAUGAAGAGUUGAUUCCGAAAGGGCUUAUAGACAGAGAGCCACCUCAAGAGUUUGUUCAUCGGGUGAAGAGAAGAGCUGGUCCUAACCCCAUGAAGAACACAUGUAAAUUAUUGGUGGUAGCAGAUCAUCGCUUUUAUAAAUACAUGGGCAGAGGGGAAGAGAGCACCACUACCAAUUACUUAAUAGAGCUGAUUGACAGAGUUGAUGACAUAUAUCGGAACACUUCGUGGGAUAAUGCGGGUUUUAAAGGUUAUGGAAUACAGAUAGAGCAGAUUCGCAUUCUCAAGUCUCCACAAGAGGUAAAGCCUGGUGAAAGGCACUACAACAUGGCCAAAAGUUACCCCCAGGAAGACAAGGAUGCUUGGGACGUAAAGACGCUACUAGAGCAAUUUAGCUUUGAUAUAGCUGAGGAGGCGUCUAAGGUUUGCCUGGCACAUCUCUUCACGUACCAGGAUUUUGAUAUGGGGACGCUUGGAUUGGCUUAUGUCGGCUCUCCCAAAGCAAACAGUCAUGGAGGUGUUUGUCCAAAAGCUUAUUAUAGCCCAGUGGGGAGGAAAAAUAUCUACCUGAACAGUGGUUUAACUAGCACAAAGAAUUAUGGUAAAACCAUCCUUACAAAGGAAGCGGACCUGGUUACAACGCAUGAAUUGGGACACAAUUUUGGUGCAGAACAUGACCCGGAUGGUCUGGCAGAAUGUGCACCCAGUGAGGACCAGGGGGGGAAAUACGUCAUGUACCCCAUAGCGGUGAGUGGCGACCACGAAAACAACAAGAUGUUUUCGAACUGUAGUAAACAGUCCAUCUAUAAGACCAUUGAAAGUAAAGCCCAGGAGUGUUUUCAAGAACGCAGCAACAAGGUGUGUGGGAACUCCAGGGUGGAUGAAGGAGAGGAGUGUGACCCUGGCAUCAUGCACUUGAACAAUGACACGUGCUGCAACAGCGACUGCACCCUGAGGCCCGGCGUGCAGUGCAGUGACAGGAACAGUCCUUGCUGUAAGAAUUGUCAUUUCGAGACCGCGCAAAAGAAGUGCCAGGAGGCCAUCAAUGCUACCUGCAAAGGCGUGUCCUUCUGCACAGGGAACAGCAGCGAGUGCCCCCCGCCGGGAAAUGUGGAAGACGACACGGUGUGCCUAGACCUGGGCAGGUGCAAGGACGGGAAGUGCAUCCCCUUCUGCGAGAGGGAGCGGCAGCUGGAGUCGUGCGCGUGCAACGAGACUGACAACUCGUGCAAGGUGUGCUGCAGGGACCACUCCGGCCGGUGCACGCCCUACGUGGACGCGGAGCAGAAGAACUUGUUUCUGAGGAAAGGAAAGCCCUGCACAGUGGGGUUCUGUGACAUGAAUGGCAAAUGUGAGAAACGAGUACAGGAUGUAAUUGAGCGAUUUUGGGAUUUCAUUGACCAGCUGAGCAUCAAUACUUUUGGGAAGUUCCUGGCGGACAACAUCGUGGGGUCUGUGCUGGUGUUCUCGCUGAUAUUUUGGAUUCCUUUCAGCAUUCUCGUCCACUGUGUGGAUAAGAAGCUGGAUAAGCAGUACGAAUCCCUGUCCCUCUUCCACCCCAGCAACGUGGAGAUGCUCAGCAGCAUGGACUCGGCGUCCGUCCGCAUCAUCAAGCCCUUCCCCGCCCCCCAGACGCCAGGCCGCCUGCAGCCAGCCACCAUGCCGCCCGGGCCCGGGGCCCCCAGACUGGACCACCAGAGGAUGGACACGAUCCAGGAAGACCCCAGCACGGACUCGCACGCGGACGAGGACGGCUUUGAGAAGGACCCCUUCCCCAACAGCAGCACCGCCGCCAAGUCCUUCGAGGACCUCACCGGGCACCCGGUCUCCCGGAGCGAGAAGGCCGCCUCCUUCAAGCUGCAGCGGCAGAGCCGCGUGGACAGCAAGGAGACAGAGUGCUAGCGGGCCCGCGCCGCCCCGGUCACCCCCGGGGAACGGGGACCUGGCUGGCGGGUCGCGCGCGCCGCCCCUGCAGAGAGGCCUUUUCCUUUUGCAGAGGUAAGGUCCAAUCGGGUAUUUCCAGGCUCCCACGUUCUAGUUUUUUACUUUUAAAAUAUCCUUUGAUCUCUGGUGCCAAAGCAGAAUACAAAGCUGGAUUGGGUUCUGAGUAUUUGGUGUAAUCUGGCUUUUUAAAAUCGAUAAGGCACUGAUUUGGGAGGGGCCUUUUUUUUGUUCUUGUUUUUUUGCCGGCCUGGGCAUGGGUGCUCUCUAGCUCAAGGCCAGGGUUUUACCACUUGAGCCACAGCGCCACUUCCAGGUUUUGGGUGCUUAAUUGGUGAUAAAGAGUCUCAUGGUCUUUCCUACCUGGGCUGGCUUUGAACCACCAUCCUCAGAUCUCGGCCUCCUGAAUAGUUAGGAUUACAGACGUGAAUGUGAGCCACAGCGCCUGGCCAUCAGUUUUUUUUUGGUUUUAAAUACACUGUAAUGAUCCCAACUGACAAAGCAUUUGCCAAUUGUUGCGAGGACAUCGAAUACAGAUUUACUUAUUUAUUUCUGUCCUCAAAUAGAAGCAAAGGAGAUAAGCUAGUUAUUAUCUCCAAAAUGUUGCCUUGUUGCUAGGUAUUAAAGCUUUACAAGAAUUGUAAUCUUAAGCUAGAACUGGACAGUUAUUCGGAGGCUUAUAAGUAACGGCUAAAUUUGUAACUAUUUUGUCAGUUCAGGUCCCAAAUUUGCUGGGUGGGUUUUCCUGUUUAUAAAAUUUAUGUAUUUUUAAUACUGUCUGCCAUGCUCAAGUUCACUAUCCACAAAACCUAAAGAACUUCAGCCAAACCUGACCCACAAGACCGCGGCUGAGCUGGGUGGAGGGGGUGGGAGCACAGCUGUCCGUGACUGCUCUGUGCCUGUGGGCGGGGCCGUGGUUCUGCCUGCCACCUGGGUCCCACGCGUGCUGGGAGAACCACGGAGUCCUUCAGAAACCUCUGGCCUCGCACCAGACAGCCACGCACUUCCUGCUUUAGGAUUCCGGAUGCUCUGUUUUCAAAGGAUAAAAAUCUUACCCCGGUUUCUGUAAAAGUGGAGCAGGAAGCGUUUCCCCCUAAGAACCGAAAUGUGCUCAGCAGCCAACCCGCUUUCGCCAAGGCGACUUU